AAACUUUAUAACUUAGAGGAACUAUUUUUUUAUUCAAGACUAGUUUGGACUGGACCAGGAGUCCCAAAAGGAAACCAAGACACUUGGAAGCAUGAGUGGGAAACCCAAACUGUACUAUUUUGAUGGAAGAGGCCGAAUGGAAACGAUACGAUGGCUUUUAGCAGCAGCUGGAGUCGAGUUUGAAGAACAAUUCUGUGAAACAAGGGAAGAUCUUUUAAAGUUACGACAGGAUGGACAUCUGCUGUUUCAACAAGUGCCCAUGGUGGAAAUUGAUGGAAUGAAGAUGGUUCAGACCAGAGCCAUUCUCAACUACAUAGCAGGGAAAUACAACCUCUAUGGGAAGAACCUUAAGGAGAGAGCACUGAUUGAUAUGUAUGUGGAAGCAACAAGUGAUCUGAAUGAAAUUAUUAUGCACCAUCCUCUCCAGCCACCGGAGAACAAGGCAAAGCAUCUUGCCUCUAUCAUUGAGAAGGCCACAAUGAGGUACUUUCCAGUCUAUGAAAAGGCUUUGAAAGACCAUGGACAGGAUUUUCUUGUUGGCAACCAAUUCAGCAGGGCAGAUGUACAGCUGCUUGAAACCAUUCUAAUGGCAGAAGAAUGCAAGCCUGAUAUACUCUCCAAAUUCCCCGUCUUACAGGUUUUUAAGGCAAGGAUAAGCAACAUCCCCACAAUUAAGAAAUUCCUGCAACCUGGCAGCCAGAGGAAAUCACCACUGGAUGCAGCGUUAAUUCCAAAAGUGAUAAGCAUUUUCAACAUUGGCAAUGAAUGAUUUCAGUCAUGGCAGAUGUUUUACUGUAGCUGUGCAAUAGCUGAUAAAAUGGCAAUUAAUUAAAAGGGUGAAAAUUACAGUGACAAAAUCAGUUAAUACAAGCUAUAAAUUAUGUAUGCAAAAAUUUCCACAGUAAAUCCAAAUAAUUGCACUGGCACAUGAAAUGGUUAACUAAAUUAUAGGAUGCACAGAGAAAAAGGAGUGAUGUUAAACCACUGGCUUUAAGAGCAUAAAAUGAAAUAAAACAUCUCAUUGCU